AUGCAUUCCAGCAAUUUCUCUCUACACGCCUACUUAAUUUUUUCUCAGUCUUGGUGGGGAGUGUAUCUUCAUCUGCUUCGAAAGGUAUGUACUACGACUGUAACAGUAUAUUUGCCGUAUUUCUUUCCCUGCACGCCUGUCAUGAAUGCCACAAACUACCAGCUGAGAAACAGCUCAGAAAUGGCUAUCCUGGGUUGUGGCCUGAGCCAGCUGCAGUCGGACACACUUGGCAUCCACCUUCCCUUCUUCACCAGGUUCCGGAAUUCAGCUGAUAAGCGCAGCUUCAUUACAGCUGGUGCGGGAGCAGGAAUAGCUUCAGUAUUUCGUGCCCCUAUUGGCGGGCUCUUGUUCACGCUGGAGGAGGUGUCUUCCUUCUGGGACAUCAGGCUGGCCUGGCAAACCUUCUUUUGCUGCUUGACAGCUACCUUCACCACAGAUUUGCUGUCCUCUUCGCUCUAUGGGUUUGUUUACAGAGGUCACUUCGGAUUUUUUGAAGCAGAAAAAAGAAUUCUGUUUUGGGUUAAGAAUUUGCUGGACGUGCAUGUCUUGGCCUUCAUUCCAGCCAUCCUACUUGGAAUGCUUGGAGGUCUUCUGGGAGCUCUCUUUGUUUCCCUUAAUAUAAAAAUUAAUAAGUUACGUAUGCAGUUCUUUAAUUCAAUUCCAAAAUCAUCCCUUAGCAAAACAAGCAAGCUGCUGGAAACUCUGCUUAUUCUGUUACAUUCUUCCAUUUUUUCUGUAGUUAAAGUACCUCGUAAUUUUCGCUUGUUGGAAGAACUUGAAGAAGGGCAGAAGGGAGUAGGUGAUGGUACAGUAAGCUGGGGCCUUGAAGAUGAUGAAGAUAUGACACUCACCAGGUGGACAGGAAUGAUUAUUGGGCCACCGAGGACAAACUAUGAAAACAGAAUAUACAGUCUGAAAGUAGAGUGUGGACCUAAAUAUCCAGAAGCACCUCCUACAGUUAGAUUUGUAACUAAAAUUAAUAUGAAUGGAAUAAAUAAUUCCAAUGGAAUGGUGGAUGCACGGAGCAUACCAGUGUUAGCAAAAUGGCAAAAUUCUUAUAGCAUUAAAGUUGUACUUCAAGAGCUAAGACGUCUAAUGAUGUCCAAAGAAAAUAUGAAGCUUCCACAACCUCCAGAAGGACAAACUUACAACAAUUAAUUUUAGCUGAUUCUCAAACUUCUGUCUUAAAACAACAACCUUCUACUCAUGUUAAUGUCUUGAUUAAAUCUCACAAUGCAAACACCCACACAUUAAAAGAAUUUCAGCUGGUAUACAUGACCUGGACAUUUGUAAGAAUAUAUAUAAUAUAUGUAUGCCCAAUAUGUUUUCAGGCACUAUGGGAGAAAAAGGCAGCACAAUUAUUUUUUCUCUUACCAAGGCACUGUCAUUUAAGCAUAAGCCUGGAAUAGCCUAAAAUUGGAAUUCAGGUUUUACAAGAUGAAAGCAUGACAGGAAGUGUCAGAUUGCUGUGGAAUAAUAUAUGUUUCUGAAAAUAAUCUCUUGAGAAGGCAAAAUAUAAAUGGCAUGCUUUUAUCCAUCUUGCUUAGUAAAAGAGCUGCAGUUAAAAUUUGUUUUAAAGUAGCAGGUACAGUGAAUACCAUUGCUCAUCUUGUUUAAUUUUGCAAGGGUGUGGGUACCGACUACUAGUAGUGUCACAAAGUAUGUUCAGGAUUGUUUUGAUACCUGUAUUUAUAAAAUGGGGGGAUUAAUUUCUGUUAAGCAGCUCCUGUGUGUUACAUGUAUCGGACAUGGCAAAUAUUUGUUUACAGUCUUUGUUCUAAUAAACCAUGCAUUUAAGUUUUAGUGAAACAAAGGAAAUGUAUGGAUAUGUGAUUGAGAUUAAAGUUAGUCUUAAAAUGUAAAUAAAAUGUGGAAAGUGUCUGA